AGUUUCAUCUUCUGUCCCAUUGUACAAACCUCGUCUUCUGCAGAGUAGAAACAAAAGUAGCGUGGUCAACAAGAUGAAGAUGUGAGCAACAGCGAAGAAGUCCAGCACGAUCACGCUGCAUCAACAAGUUACCAUGACUGCGAAACUCAACCCCGCUUCCUACCUGGAACAGAUCGCAGCCGAGCUCGGCGUCGACGCUCCACGUGUGACCGCGGUCGAUGCUGGUGGUCCUGGUGGCAAAAAUGAUAACACAAGUACUUCCGCGCUGCUCAACGAGCACGGCGAACUUUCCUUCAAAACGCUGGCGACGAAGGCGGAUGAUGAGAAUAAAGCAUCAAGUUCUAGAAACAAGAAUCCACGCGGCCAGCAUGUCCGGCGCCCGGAAGGUGAGACCAUGUCUUACGAGGUGUCCGGCCUGGAGUCUACUGCAACGGCAGGGGCGUACGGAGAGGGCAGCGGAGCCGGCGGUUUCGGAGGCGGGUUAGACGAGGACGACGAGGAUGCUGCAUUGCGCACGUCUAUGCAAAGCGCGAACAGGAGGAGUAGCGUCGGUAGACGCGACAGCGCCGCGGCCAUCAUGCAACAAAGCAUGGACCUGCGCAGCAGUGAGCGGACAAGCGGAGCAGGAGGCAGCAUGACUUCUCAGCCGAGAAUAAAAGUUCGCGGCGUGCAGAGUGUGACUAGCGAGGGAGAGCAACGAAGCAACCAAAUGAAGCCGGACUUUCAUCAGCAGCGAGCACAAGUCACACCAGCACCGGGGGGCUCUUUUCUUCCGCAAAAGAUCCCAGUCGGGAGCUCGCAAGAACAUUUCUCCGGGGGCCCGUUUGAAUCGGGAACUCGUCCGGCGGACGACGCAGCAUUGCAGCAAUUAUUGCGUUUGAAAAUGGAUAACGUCACGAACCUGACCUUUUACACGGACAAAGGGGUGCCCAUGAGUGCGAAGGUGGUUGGAAAGAAAGUUCCGAAGGGAAAAUUGAGACACAUUGCACGGGUUGGAGCGGUACUGCAUCGAUAUGCUUUUAAGUAUUUCAACCAGAAAUAGAAUGCGAAAGGGUUUUGUGCUGAUUCUGACACGCGCAAAGACAAAAUUUCAGCAUCGUCUUGCAUGCUGACGCAAAAAAUCAUUCACAUACCGAUGCUUUAGGGCGGCGUCGACCCGUCAUCCGCGGAACAGGAGCGCGAGCGUGAGAAAAACAAGCAGGCACUGAACCAACCGCCCAGCGGCGCCUUCGCGGUGCGCACGCGAAUCGGACCCAACGGCGCCGUGGACUACCCACCGUACCGGUGGAUGCGCGACGAGACGGACCCAUCGAGGUGGAUCGCGGUGGUGGAAGCGGAGGAUCUGGAUGAAGACAUUGUCGGCGAUCUGAUGACGGCGAAGCUGUCCCACACCGUGUUUGACCAAAUCGAAAAGAGCAAGAAGUUGCCGGACCGGAUUAAGAUCCCCGUUGGCGGUGGAGAGCAUCACGAUCCGCACAUGACCCGCGCCGUAGGACAGUUUGACAGCCACAUGCAGUCCUUCGACCCGAAGGCACAUGCGGCGCGCAUGUCCAACGAAGUACCAAUGUCGGGAGGCGGUGGGGCGGUCCCCGCGCGGAUGUCGUCAAACUACAAUCAGCCGGGCUCCAUGGCGAUGGCAGGUCCACCGGGCAGCGGAUUCGGAGGGCCGAUGUCCGGCGGUGGGAUGUUGCCCAUGUCGGGCGGUAUGUUGCCGAUGUCAGGAGGAGGAGGGGCGCCUAUGUCCGGACCGGGAUCUGGCCGCGGGUUCGGCUCCGGAAUGGGUUCGGCACCGGGCUCGAUGGCCGGGGGCGGCGGCGGCAUGGGAUCCAUGAUGAGCGGGGGCGGCGGAGGUUUUGGACCCGGAUCCAUGACCAGCGGAGGCGGCUUUGCUCCGGAAUCGGGCGGCGGUUUUGCUCCGGGAUCGGGCGGUGGUUUUGCGGGCUCGGGCAUGGGAUCGGCGCCGGGUUCGGGUGGUGGCUUCGACGGUGGUUCCGGGAUGGGAUCCGCGCCGCCAGGGUCGUUUUUCUACCCGGAGGGAAAAGUAGACGGCGAGGAAGUAGAGACGAGUGCUUUCGUAAAUAACAGAACCGCAAACACCCCAGGGGGGAGCACUAUUCUGAACCAGGGACCGCCGUCCGAAAACAUGCUGGAAAAGAUCGUGCAGCAAGCGUCAUCGUCCUCCUCUUCCUCCUCGACUCCUCGACCGGAUGCUGAUUUUACGAGGUUUUUGGAAAGCGCGAAAUCGAGUUACGACCAGCGAUUCGGGCACCAGCAGAGCAACAGACAGGAGAGUAGCCAGAAGCAAGCGAAAAAAGCGAAAAAGCACAAGAAAAACAAGAACUUCAAUGGAGACGAAGGCUUUCGAGAAGACAAAGGCGAAUACUACGGGACGGCCAGAGGUUCCUCAGCGGAGGGGAAGAAACAAAAGAAGAAAAAAAGUAGAGACAAAGCCGGCGGACAAGCAUCUUCGCAACAGACGUCGAUACCAGUUCCGAAACUCCGCGGCGGCGCAAGAAGGUCGCAACUAAUGCUGGACCCGGACGCCACGACGGAAUCGUAUUCUUCCUCCUCCUCGUCUUCCGGGCCGAUGUCAUCCGGAUCUGACAGCAACGCCAGCAACCGAAUUCGACACCUUCGGAAAAAAGUCCAGAGCAAGCGGCAAGUCUGUAUUGAGGAUGAAUUCUUUUUUUGCUCUGAUGUGAUGAAUGAAUUUUUUGUACUGCGAAACAACUUAUGAUUGAUUUAUGUGAAGAACCUGAACGCAAACACAGGACACCAUUUUUACUGAACAGGAAUGAUUUCAUAAAAGCAAAAAAAAUCAAUUACCCGACCCACUAACAGACGACCCGUCCACCGGCCGGCGCCUGGUUACUCCCCGCGAUGGCCGCCGCGCCGGCGACGAUCCCUUUUACCUCGGCCAAUUCCCACCCCGGCCACUCAAGGUGUCUGGCUCCGGGAUUGCAGAGAGAAGAGGGUACAAUUUGGAAACUAUGCCGACGACGCUUCCCAAGGUGAACAUCGUGAUCGGCGUGGAGUCGGACAUCCAAAAACGGGUAGAAAGGGAUCAGCUGCUCCAGCAAGCGCUGCAGGAAGCGAAACUCGCUCUGCGCGCCGUGAACACGAAGCUGCCGUCCGUCCCCUCCUUUGGCACGCAAUCACUGGUCCGGUCGGCGAAGACCGAUCUGCAGCGGCAACUGCUGCUGACCGCGAUGGAGCUGUGGAAGCGACAGGGCACGGUGAUCCACAAGUUCGAGGAAUUGUUCCAAACCGUGCGGGAGGUGGUGGAGGAGGAAGCCAAUCUCCACGUGCUGCAUUGCGAGGAAAAGGAAGUUUUUCGGGCGGUUGCGAAGUUCAUGACGAAGCACGAUACGAAGGAAGUGCCCCCAGCGCCCAGUGAUUUGCAGAUGGUCCGGACGGUGCGGCACGAGUUGGAAAAGCGGAUCAUCUUUCUGCGCAGGCACGCGGCAAAUUUGAAAAAAGAGCUGCUCGCGUUGGAAAGGGACCACUGCUUCCACGGGCCGCGGCUGCUGCACAGCAUCUUCCACGACGACAACAAGCACGGGCUGAUGUCCAGCGUGGAGCGGGAGGUGAUGGAGGAGGAGUUUGCGCUGUUGCGGAAGAAGCACAAAGUGAUGGACAUUUUGGCGAACUUGGUCGAAAUGAUCCGCGAAAACCGAGUGGAGUACUAUUCCGAGAAGGCGAAGCUGGAGAGAGAAGCGGAACUCCACAUGGAAAUGGAGGAGAACCUGCAGAAGAGGUAUAUUUUUGAAAGAAUCUUCGUAGGUACUUUUUGUUUGAGUUCUCUGUUCUUCUCAAUCGGUUUUGGUUUGUUGUUCUGGAAGAGUGAAGCUUUCUGUUGCGAGGAACAUACAAGGUGCACAGAAGUUAGUCCGAGUUAUUUGAUCAAAACUCAGGUUCACGACCGACGAAGUGCGACGGCGGCAGCACGAACUUUUGAAGAAGGCGUUCAUGAUAUUACAAUGAAAAAUGCCCCCACCCCCGAACUCGGGAGCAUUUGUAUUGCAAACCUUUCCAAAUGAAACAUUCGCCCUCGUGCAUCUAUCAGCAUCACAGGUUUCCAAUCGUGAAUAGCAAAAAUUUGUAUUGCAAAAGACCCCAGCAAGAGCGACGCUUGUCAUGCAAGCGAUGCGAUACACGCCUAGACUCUGCAUCAGAAAGAUCCAUACUCCUUUCAUGCAUGACAAAAAGUUUUCAUUUGGAAACUUCGCAUCACAAACUCUUGCAAUUUCAGGGGUGGGGGGCACUCUUCACUGUAAUACAUGAACCAGGGCGGCGGCGAGUCCCCGUCCGAGAUCGUGAAGAAGACGCAGCCCCUAUCCUGAGUAAAAACGUACCCACACCAGAGUCAAGAUGGGGACUUUGCAACACAAACCUAGGAGUUUUGGGAGUCACGCAUGACAAGUUUCAGUCCGUAAGGUAGUGCCAGUUAGCAAGGAAAGCCGCAUCACAAAUCGAUCUGCUAAUCCUGUUUCCAGCAUUACAAGUUCCCAAACACGAUUGGAAAUGCCUGUCAUGGGGUUGCGCAUCACAAAUGUUCCUGUCAUGGCAAAUCUGCAUGACAACUCUGGUGUGGGUACGUUUUUACUCAGGAUAGCCCCCGCCGCCGACCGAUCUGGAUCCGAAAUUGAAGGAGGUUUUGGAAACGUUGGACAGCAUCCGGCACCUGCCGAGCUACCAUUUGAUAUUCAAAGCGUUGCCGGAUACGGUCGAAGAGGCCGAGCACGAGUUAAUGCAGAUGGAGGUGUUGGAGGCGAAAUUGGAACGCUAUUACAACAUCGAGGACAACGCGAUCGGUGCGAGACUUCAGUUCCUCGUGAAUGCGAUCCGCACAAAGACAGGCGCUUUGCGGAUGCGCAUGCGCUCGCUCGACGACGGCGACGUCGACACGACGGGAGGGCUUUCGGCUAGCGUUCCAGUCGGUUUAGCCGGGCAGACGGGAAGGAAACAGGACAGCAACGCGGCACUGUACAGUGGGAAGGAGCGGGAUCCGGUGGUGCUGCCAAGUGACUGGAAGACCUACUGAUUAAGUACGUGGUGAUGUUUUAAAUGAUACAACUCGAAUGAACUUCAAAAAUAGUUUUUGCAAUAGAAAUACGAAUUAUACCGUGAAUUUGUGUUUCAGAAAUGAAUGAAUUGCACCAAUGCAGCAGCAUGGGAUGGUACAGUCACAGAUAAAAACCAGGAGUUGACUGUCUAUCUCAACGCGUGCUCGGUAUUCUUUUUACCUAGUAAAGCAACCACGAGAUCGUCGAUCGGGUUGUUGACACCGGUGUCGCUUCUUGUAUCUGAAUCUGUAUGAAAAUGAAUUGCAAGAACUUCAACGAAGUAAAAACGCCAAUGCACGACGAGUUGCGCCGGAUUUCCUUUGUACUAGAAUCUACUUCUGCCUGUAUUUGUUUGUCUUCUAGCGCGAGCAAACGAGUGUUCUGAUUGAUGUUACCAGACAUCGAGUCAAAAAGAUGAAAUCAGAG